UCAGCAAUCAGCCUUGGGGGGAGCUGUGGUCUGUUUACUAGAGGGAAGAGGGGAAGGAGAGAGGGCGAAUGAAGGGAGGGGGAGAACAGGAGAGGAGAGAGGAGAGAGAGAGGGAGGGCAGGCAGGCAAGAAAACUUUUCACUUGUGAGGAGCCACAGAGGAAGCGUGUGUGUGCGUGCGUGCUGGAGCGGCGACCAUGCAGGUAUGGAUUCGAGCGCAAGGACGCGUCAAAAGGGGGUCUGCUGGGCGGCGAGGGAGGAGGGGGUGCGACUGUUCCUAACACAUCUGAGGAGUCUGGAGAGCCGGUGUGUAGUGAAAGGAAUGGGGUGGCGAAGUGGCUGUGCCCUCUGUGCCAAAAAGGGCAAUCAAACAGAUCUUCCUUGUCUUCACAUCUCACUGAGCAACAUAGUGUACUUCCAUCCUGUGUCGACAGACUGCUAGACAUUGCUGUUCUAAAACAGGCUGCUAGUGGAGGAGAGAAGGACAAAGGUGCUCAACAGACUACAGAUGCUGAAUCCUCUCAAGUGAAAAACGCCGCAGACGCCAGUUCAGACCCCUGCCAAUCUAGUGAGAGCUCAGACACUACCCAGAUGCUUCGCAACAAAGAGAUGGAGGAAGACAGAAUAAUGGAACAGGAGGAAGGUGAAGCAGAGCCGGAAGAGGAGGGAAAUUCACUUUCUGAAGCCAAACGGCAAAGUACAACUGAAGACACAGAAGUCCCAGACGCAAAUCAAAAGUCCGCUGGUAAAAAUGGCGUGCCAGCUGAAAAUAACACCCGGUCAUUCAAAUGCAAUGCCUGCCUGGAAAGUUUUUCCAGUAGAACUGCCUUGAGUGUUCAUUACAACUCUGCAUCCCACAUUCAGAGAAUGACCACAGGCCCCGCAAAACAAGGUGCAGAAACUAAUUCCCCGUCUCCCUCGCUUCAAGCUCUGUCUCGGCCAUAUAUAUCAAACAAACCCUACCAGUGUGCUGUAUGUCGAGUCUCUUACAAUCACGCCAUCACCCUCGAGAGCCAUAUGAAAUCUGUUUUGCACCAGACCCGCAGCAGAAACGCUGGUAUGGCAGCACAUGCUGCAAACAGUGCAGUUGCUGCUGCCAGUUUGAGAGGUAGCACCAGCAGCGCUCCAAACACUGUAGGGACCACAUCUGGAAGUGGAACUAGUCAGUUGGUUGCUUCCAGUACCUGUGCUGCUCCUGGGGCACUAAUGGUGAGUGCUCCACAAGAAGAACAGAUUCCAACCUCCCAAGUGACUCCCUCCCUCCUCACCUCUCCUGUGGCCUCAGCUCAGGCGGUUUCAGCCUUUCUAACCCUCCUCACAUCAAGUCCCAGCACCCUCUCACACUCCCUCCUCCCCUCUCUAUUUGCAGCUGGUGCUGCUUCUGGCGCCGCUGCACCUCAGCUCGUGCCUCAGCCUCAAAUGGUCAUGCCCUUGAUCUUGAAUGGGCUCCAAGCUCAAACUCAGCAGCACCAAGAGAACCAGCAAGGCCAGCUCCUUACACAGUGUGUGCCAUUCGUCGGCCUCAGCACAGCCCAGCAAGCCCUUCUAACCCAAAGACUCAACAGCUUACAGAACCAGUGGCCCUCUUCAGGACUUCCACCAAACAUUCAGCCCCCUCAGGAAGAGCAAAAGCAAACUGUAACGUGUGAAGGAGAACAAGAGGAAAAGGGUGAGACGGUGGGGACAGACUCUGAUCAGACAAAUGAGGCACAAGAUUUGACUUCAGAUAACGUAAAAGGAGAGAAACUUAAGGGAGAAAGCAGUGAAGAAUCUGCACAAUGUGCAAAUAUAGAAAGAAAAGAGGUUAAAAGUAACAAGGUUGAUGGAAAGGAACAUCAAGAUAGCACAACAGAUGGAGAUGGCUCUACAAAUCAGUUGGACCUGGAAGGUGACAAAACAGCUAGUCUGAAUCUCUCCCCAGUGGGCACAGAGAAGAGCCUCCGCAAUAAUAACCAUUCGCCUUCUGCAUCAGUGCGCAGCAACUCCAGCCUCAGUCCUGUAAAUUUAAAUCUUACCCUUAGCCCUGAUUCUACCCCUCAGAAAUCGCAAUCGGGCACAAGCCCUUGUGGCACCCCAAAAUCUAGCCCCAGUACAAAUGCCUUAACUACUAACCAAACCCGUCUCAAUUGUACCACAAUGGAUUCCAGUUUUCCAGACCUUCCAGUUCUAUCGGAGUUUCAGUCGGAGGUCCUCUGGGCAUUUUUUGAGUCUCGUAGUGAGGCGGAUGCUGCGAGUCCUCCCCACGAGGACUGCGAAGCACUGGGUAGAGAAGUAGGUCUUUCAGAAGAAGCGGUGCGUAGGUGGCUGACCCAGGCUAGGCAUGCAAAACACAGACACAGAGCAACAGAUUCGGAACAGCUGGCUGGAUUUACAAGGCAUAACCAUGGUUCUGACAAUGAUUAUGAUGAUGAGGAAAGUUCACUGAUCAUAGCAGAAGGUGAAGAUGAUGGUGAGGCUUCAAAUAGUCAGGCCAUAGAUUUGUCUAAUUCAAGAGGGAAACGUGUGCAGAGAGAGGUUGGAAGGGAGGUUCAGGGAGACUCCUGCCUCACUUCUGACUCAGAAAAUGAAGUGUACACUUCUGUUAUCGUCUCUGAUGAGGAAAGUCAGACUGAAUUCGUCAAGGAGGGUCCUAAAAGUCCUAAAGAUGAAUGGCACAGAGGCAGCCAUAGCGAUAAAGGGCCUGUUGGAGGAAAAGUAUUGCGGUCCACAACUGUGUUUCUCUCUGAUGCUGAAGAUGAGUACGAAGACGAAGAGGUUGGAGGGGGUCAGAGGGCCAUGAGGAAAAAACGAAAAGGAGAAUUUGAGCGUGAUGAGGUGGUGGUGAAGAAAGAGAGGCAGGACCCAGAUGUGGAUCUGGAGUUGGAGGCCCAGGGGGAUCCUCCAAGUUCAUUGUCCUUUGCUAUGGACCACCAUGAGAUUCCUGCCAGUGCUCUCCAUUCCCUUCCCUUGUCUCUUACUCCCUUUUCUACACAAUUUCUCAGUCCAUAUGUUCUGUCUCUCACCCCUUCAUUAAUUGCAGAUGGCAGCAAAGUACCUGUUUUUCCCAACCCUCCAACCAUCACACGCUUUCCGAGCUCCCUCCUCUCCCAGUCGCUCUCCUCCCACAACCAAACUACUCACUACCUGUCGAAUGGUGACGACUGUGAGUCGGCUCUUGAUCUCAGCAUGGGAAAAAACAACUCCAAGUAUGCUUCCUCAUCCUCUUCUCUUGCUGACAGCAUUGCAGCACAGAAGGGGCAGUUGCUGGAUGGGCUUGGCCUUCGACCCACAUCCAAAGGGUUGGUGGUCGUGCAGGUUAAACCUGAGUCUGUGACCACUGUACCUGGUUCCAACAGCCCCAUGAGUCUGAUCAACUGCAGUAAUAUGACAAAGUCUAAUGUUUACAUGAGAGCGGGACAGAAAAUGAGUGCCACAUUUCUAGAAAGAGAGAGAGAAAAAGAGAGAGAGAAGGAAAAAGAGAAAGAGCAGCAACAAAGGAAGUCGAAAGGAAAAAGGUAUCGAGACAUGCGACGCUCAAGGACCAUCAUUCAAGCUGAGCAGCUCGACAUUUUGUACGGCUGCUAUUUCAAAGACCCAAAUCCCGGGAAGCAUGAGUUUGAACAGAUUUCAGAGUGGGUCCACCUUCCAAAGAAAGUUGUUCAGAUUUGGUUCCAGAACAUGAGGGCAAGGGAAAGAAAAGGUGAGGUACGUUUUAUUAGCGAUGGAACUUUGGCAGCAGUUGGCAAACCUCUCAUCAAAUUUACUUGGCCUCUGUCCAAACCCAUAUUCUCCAACAAGCCUACUUCGAACAACAAUACUGGGGGCAUCACAGCAACUCCAAUUGUACGCACCUUCAUCAAGACAGAAAGAGAUCCUGUGAAGGAGCUGGACAAGACGGUUAUGAUGAAAAAAACUGGCCCAGUUCCUAUUAAGCCCAAGGAAAUAGUUUCCUCUACAACAGUGUCUUCUGUGAGCAGCAGUGCGUCUGCAGUGCCAAAGACCAAGCUUGAAACCACCAGCAAUGUCACUAUGGUCAAAGUUGCUCCCAAAGUCAGUCCCCCUGUCAUUUUGGCACCACCCAAGGAACUAAUUCCGAUCGCCCCACGGCCAUCCCAGAAACGAAAGCUAGAAGAGGAGAGCGAAGAAGAAAAGACAGAUGAGGAGAAAGACUAUGAAAAUGAGAUGGCAUCUGGGCCAGCGGUGGCCAACCGCAUGGUGCCGAAGCUGCCCACAACUCCCAUAAACAACAGGCCCUCAGCCACAGCGGUGGUCUCACAAAAACAGAAUGGGCUGAACUAUUGGACCCCUAAAGUCCCCAUUAAGAUCAACACUCUGUCAAGAGAACAACUGGCACUUCCGACACAUACGCCCCCUCGUACCAUCCCCCCUCCUCCCACUCCCAGCAUUGCACCGGUCAGCCCAAACACCCCGAGUUCUACCAAAGUGGGCAGCCCCUCCACGGCACUUGUUGCUAAAUCUAGCCCAACAGAAAGCGGCUUCCUGUCGCACUCGUCCAGCCGCAGGCCGCGCACUCAUUUGUCCUGCCUCCAGCUGUCCAUCCUGCAAUCUUGUUAUGAGACCUGCGCUCACCCGAAUGCCAUGGAGUGUGAAGCAAUUGGCACAGAGCUCAACCUGCCACUCAAGGUGGUGCAGAUCUGGUUCCAGAAUACAAGAGCCAAGGAGAAGCGCUGGAGGCUGCAGCAGGAGAAAAUCUCUCCUGUGUUGGGUGGCAAAGUGGACAUGAGCUCAGGAAGCUACCUGCAGUACAACGCUCUCAAAGCAAAUCGACCCAUCUUGCCCAAGCCCGUUCAGUUAACGGUCACAGAAGCUCCAGCCUCUCCAGUGCCGGGCCAGCCGGUACCAAAGGAGACCCUGACGGGCCACUGCGAGGCCUGCAACGUCUCCUUCGAAUCGCGGGCUGCUGCAAGAGCCCACGUUUUCUCCCCACGCCACCUGGCUACGCUGAGAACCACUAACUUUGGCCAGCCGCCAGCGCUUGUCAACAAGAACGGAAGCAGUAACAGCGGACUGCCAAGCUCACAGGUGUCUCUGUCCACUACUGUAACCAGCUCUGGAGCUGGUUCCGAAGGGGAGAUAACUAUUGAGUUGCCUCCCUCCACGGCCACCAGCAACAGUUAAAGACUCAGAUCAAUAAUGGUCUGCACACUGACAAUUUUUGGACCCAUUUGGGCUCCUUGGAUUUUAAUAAACAAAUUUGAGCACUAAUUCUCUAAAACUAAUAUUCUUUCAAUAUGUUGGCUCCCCCCACCCCCCCCAUCUUUUGCUCACCCUUCAUUUGACUCGAUACCUGGUAAUCUAGACGGUUCACUUGGAAUCAAAUACUCGAGCAGACUCUUUCCAUGCUGCUUGACACUUUUUCAAUCGCCUGACGAGUGAUAAAAUCCUCUCAAGUCUCCCUCAACCCUCACACUUUUCCCAGCAGUUUUGGUCUGAACCCUGUGGUUAUGUAUUACUUUUCUUCCUAUAAUUUUGUAAAGGCACUCAACCCGCCAUGCUUGAGCUGUUCUACCCUAAAGACUGAUGCAAGCGUUUCCUUUUUGGCAGUGGCCACUGUGGGCCCGGAAACACUUUUUGGGAUAGCACGAAUUACUCACACUUAAUAACUCCCCGUUUGCUCCUGUGGAAUUGUUUUCUCAUGCCUACUUUCAUUUCUUGGGCAAAAGAUUGCUUGGAUCUGACUGGACUGAACCAUUGGGAGAGCUGGUAUUAGCUGUCAUAUUUUUUAUUUUCUACAGGAGUGUGAUCUGAAGAGUGUUGGGGUUUUCUCAUUUGGGAUAUAAAAGAGGUACUUUAGAGCGGGAUAGGGCUGUUAAAAUGUCCCCUUACCCAUGUUCAUAGUUUCAUGACAAUCCAAAUAGACUGCGCUAAAAGUUUAGAAAGAGUUGAAUCGUUGGCAUACCGCACUUUGACAUAUUUUCCAUUCUUUGAGAUGUUUUUAAGCAUUCUGAUGCAGGUGUCUUUUAUGGAAAGAUACACUGAUGCAUGUUGGAUGCCUUAAUAUAAAUCACAUUAAAUAAAUCUUUUUUUUUUUUUUUUUUUUUUUUUUUUUUUUAAUCAAUUGUAAUCUGUGUGAGUUGUUGCAUAAUGUUGUGCAAAAAAAUUAGUCCUUGGUUUCAAAAUGUAGAAGAGCUUUGUUCCAAAAUGCUUUGGCAUCCAUUUUGGGGAGAACAUCUGAAUGUCUAUUCCCAAAACUUAGCAAAUCCUGCCUGUAAAGUCAUCAGUGUUCUCUCUGCCAAGGACUAGAGUUACUACUGUGUUCACUUUUGGUUAAAAUUUCUAUAAUUCAGUACGUUUCACAUCCACCCUAAUAUGUGCAUCUCAUUUUGGAAUAUAGCUCUUCAGAUUUUUGGGGAAAUAUUAAUGUUUUACACCUCCUGCAGGUGUGUUGGAAAUAUGACAGCCUUAACGGGAAACACCACCAUGUUCAUUAAGUUAAGCCCGACUGGUCGUCCUACAAUAUUUUUGAAUGAAUCAAACCCCCUUUUAGCACCGAGGGUCAGUUGAUAUCUUAAAUAUAUGCUGUUCUUUGAAUACUGUGCAUAAGACUUGCAAGAUUAGUACUUCUUUUAUUUACCUGAGGUUUUAUAUAAAUGACAAUUGAAGCAAUUACAACGGGCAUACUUUUUUUUUCUUUUUUUUUCCGUUAGGUCAAAAGCCAAUUUUGAUGGAUUAAGAGCAGGGCUUGAAAUUGGUUGUUUCCUGUAAUUGUUUUCCCCCUUUUUACAUUUUUUAAAAAUCAGUUUUAAAGCAGAGUUAGUGAUCCUGGUCACGUAUGUGCUGUGAAAUUAGAUGUUUUAUCUUGAAACCAUGACAAGGGAGACAGAUGGGUAUUACUAAUAUCCUUAAGGGACUAAAUGGAUACUCACACUUAGGAAGCAAAUUAGGAAACAUGAAAUGUUUUGACUGAGAGCUAAUAAGAUGGUGCUGUGUUGAAGGACACUUAACAAACUAAAGAUGUUUUCCUUCAAAUUAAGUUGUAUAUUAAUGUUACUAUUGAUAGUUUUAACAAAAUGCAAAACUAAAACAUGAACUUUUGUAAAGAAAUAUAUUAAAAAAACUGAUAUUCCAAAGUUAUCCUCCCUUUGCUUUCUGUCAUUCAAAAAACCAAAAAGCAAUCUUUAGGUCGACAGAGAGCAGGAGAGGUGUUAAUGCAAACUGUAAAGGACAUCCCACGGCUUGACACUUGCACUAGUCCACAAUUUUUGCACAAGCUACAGACGUUUCAAAUGAACACAGCCAUUACCAUAAUGUUAAGUCACUUGAUGUGGUUUUGACACAAAGAGGGUAACGAUGUCCUUGGACAAGUAAUAAUUUGUAGAAACUGUAUCUUGUGUGUAAAGAAAGGACUGGAGUGCUCGUACCUCAAGACUGGGAUUACACACACCUACACACACACACAGACACGGUGUUGCACUGUCCAAACUAGAUGCGUUUUUAUGGAGAUCUGCUUUUUAUUAUAUUAUGUUUCAUUGUCACUUUGAUUAUCACUAUUGUUAUAACUGUACUACUACUUAUACAAUUUAUUACUACUCAUCACUGUUUUUUGAUUAUUGUUGAUCCAUUAUUGGUUUUAAUGCCACCUCUGCUCAAGAAAAGAGUAUGGUAUUCCUAUGAAUAUUGAACAAUAAUAGUGGCAGUGUUGUUCUGAAUUGUUAGGUUUUUGAUUAAGCUUAUUUUUCCUCCUUACUUGUACCUGCCUUUUUGUGUUUGGUCUCCAUUAUGCUUUCUUUGAUAUACUGAAAAAGAAAUAAAACCGGUUGAA